ACUAACAAUGAUACCUAAUAAUCAAUAAAAAAGAGAAAGAUCAGGAUUCAGUUAUAAGGAAGACUACAAUUCUGUCUGCUCUAUAAACUCAACGAGAACCUUGGAAGGUCCAACGCUUCUUUAAUAAGUAGCAGGAGUUUGGGAGUCAGAAGAAAAAAUCUGGAGAACGAUCAAAGCCAAAUUGAUGAUUUUAAAUUCAGUUAAGUCUUUUUCCGUGGGAUCUUAUUUCGUGACUAUCGUUAAUUACGCUUCUGAUAAUUAGGGAAGCCUGGGAACCUGAGAAAUAAGUAAUACCCACUAAAAUCGUAUCUGAUCAAAUGAAAUCAAGAUACGAAAUUUUUUUUUGAUUUGAUAAAUAAGGCAUCAAGUAUAACGUUGAGAGUCGAAUUUUUAUUUAGAACAAAAAACUAAAGAUGUAUUUAUAAUGCGACUGCUAGUUUGCAUGAAAUGAGAAUUCAUUGGAGACCGUUUCCAGAUUUUGUUUUCUGGCUCAAGGAGAUGUUGAAAACGAACAAGGAAAGACGAAAACAUAAAAGGGAUGGGGAAUGAUUUUUCUAUUUAGCAUACAAAUCAUCCGUCUCAAUUGUGUACCAUGUUUAAGGCUGAUGCAAUCAAAUGAAAUUCACCCAUGGGAGUCUGAAUGACAGAGACGCAAGAGCGAAGCGUUAAUUUUCAAUAAAAGAAUUCCUAAUAGGAUUCUAUGAAAUGAACAUUCGCUUUCAAGGUGCGAUUUUAGAGGGUUUUGCGAUGAAACUAGUGAAUUAAGAUAUUGUCAAACGAAAUUCAUUUGGAAGAUCACUGUGGGAAAUCUGAGAAAAUAAAAGUCAAAAGUAAAUAAAGCAAUAAGAGAAAAUCAAAAGGUCACCGUUCCAAGUUUGAUGUCUUGAUUCCGUUUCUCAGUGUUUUCCCUUUUCAUCAUCACUCUGUUUCUUCUUAAUUGCUCGAACAAUGAUAACUAGCCAUAUUCUUUCCGAUCCCAAAGCAAAUUGAUAAAGUUCUAACGGUCAUAAAAAUCUCGAGGAUUUCCUCCUUCGUGCUAUAAUCAUCCUCUAUGGUCGAAUUUAAGCAAAAGUUUAUUCAACCUUUCAUUAGUUUAACGGAUUUAUUUUUUUUCUUUUUUUUCUAAAAAAAAGAAAGAAAAGCUUGUUUGUAUCCAAAAUGCUUGUCGUUAGUCCACCUUUGUAACAUAUUCACACCAAAAGGUAUAUUUUUUUGGAUCUUAUUUAAAGAUUACAUUGUAUUUAAUUUUCUUUUCUUACUAACACUUCUUUUCGUGUCCUAUCAAGCUAAUUGAAAUACUUGUAUUACCUUCCUAAUAGAGCUGUUUCCCUUUUAGCAAAGUGCACCUACCCAAAGUGGACCAUUUUCACAAUCUUAAAAAGCCUUGUUUUCAUAAACGGUUUAGCGAUUUUUUUACUUGGAUUUAUAGAUUCCAUGCUCUUUUUUUGUUAUAAUGUAUUGUUUUUAGCUCUAAAGCAAUUAUAACGUAGUUAUAUCCUACUUCUUUGAUCGCAUUGGAAACUAAUCAUAGGAAAGAAAGGCUUUUCCAUUUUCAUUAGUAUUUCUCAACAUACGUCUUUUCUUGUUUGUUUCUUUAUUUUUUUUCUGCAAUAUUUAGUUGUUUUCACUCUUUCCCAUAGAGUGAUCGGGUUUCUUUACUGUUUUCUUUUCCUUUUAAAUCCUGUUAUUGAGAAAACUGAAAAGGUUUCCUCCCAAUAUGCCUAGUAUAACUUGUACUUGGUCUGAUGGGGAUGCGAGGACCUUGCCCAGUGGUUCUUUCAAAACUCGUUAUGCGCCCUCGAUUACACCCCUUGCUCAUGAUGAUCCAAGACAUUUAGCGUUUCGAAAAACCUGCGGAAAGCUGCUAGCUCAGCAUAUUUUCGGUGGUUCCGGUUCAACCCAGCAGGUCUUUCAUGAUCUUUACCGACAUUCUAUUCAUGCUUCAAAAGUGUCCUCAAACUCAUUACCUAAUACCUCCUUUACUGUUAUUAAUCCAACUUCAGCUCCUUCUCAAUUAAAUACAAAGUCCCUUGUCUCUUCCCAUCGAUCACGGCCCCCUUCCAGAACAGUAUCAACUGAUGAGCCCAAGGAGAAUGCUCCUCCAAAAUACACGUCUCGUAUAAUUACGGCGGAAAGGUUUGAUAAUUAUGUAUUGGAGGCUUUACCAAAGCAUUAUCAGCUUUACCAGCGUGAUCUUAAUCGUGAUAGUUCUGGAGCAAAACGUGAGUACUGGGUGUACGGGCAUCCUGGAGGUCGCCCUUUUCGAUCGAUGAAUGACUUUCAGCAUCAUCUCUACUGGUUAAUUUCAGAUUUGUCAAGGAAUGGAGCGAAUUGCUGCUGCUCGUUAUGCACCAAUGGCCCAGCCAAAGGUCGAAGAAACAUCCAAAAGGAUAUGGAAAGGAUGUUCCACGAGUGUAAAGAUGAUACAUUUACUUGGCCAUCUUCAUUUCGACUUGGUGAAGUUGUUUGGAUUGAUACGAAUUACGAAAUUAUUCCUGGAAUCAUUGUGGCUAGGAAUUUAAUCAACUAUGAAACAAAUAAAGAUAAUUCUGUUAGUCCGUUUUUGGAUGCUUACAUAGAACCUUACCAAUAUCAUUGCAAGGAAUUAGGAAACUCCAGAUUCUUUUUCGACAUGGCUGCUGCUGAUAUUGAACCUUGGACGCAGCAGCUCGUAGAUAUGAGUCGCCCAAGCCAUAUACUCGCUAACGAUAUUGCUCACAGUUGGUGUCUUUAUGGAAAGUUUCGACCCAUGGAGAGCACGGAUGUUGAACGCCGUGUUUAUAUAGAUGAACAUCAUCCUUUUCCGAUGACCGUUCUUCCUAUUAUCGAAAGUGAGUCAGAAAACGUUGACGAUCAUUUUUUUGGCGUUUAUUAUGGAGCUGAGAAAUUAUGGAUUAAUGAUCUUUGCAUCUUGCAUACUGACUCACUCCCCCCUGAAUUUUCCAAAGCUUCUUUAAUGUAUAUAUCCGAUAUCUUUGUAAACGUUGAUGAUGUGGUUUGUGUUCAAGGAUCUCUUUGGUCACAAAAAGAUGCUACACCUCAAACUUUUCACCGAUUUCGAGAUCGGAAGAAUCUACCACGUCGGUUACAGAUGGCUGAACAGUUUUCGCAAACUGAAUACACUCUCAUGCAUAGUGAUUCUUCAGAAUUUAUAUGUGAGCUUGCAGAUAUAGCGGGUAGGUGGUACGAACCUUGGUCAAUAAAAGGGAAGUAUCAUUUUUCAAAGGAACAAAAGAGACGAGUAUUAUCGAGACUGGAAGCUGUUGGAAAUGAAAAUUGGGUUGACGAUGAUUUUUAUGAGCUUUUACUUUCUGAAAUCGAUCUAGUUUCGCCAGUUGUCAUGUGAGUUUUCUCCUGUGCAUUUCUUUUCUUUUUUUUUCUUUCUUUUUGUUUGUUUAUUAAUAUAUACCGCAUAUGGUUAUAUCUGCCUAGGUAUUUUGUUCAAUAGGAAUAGGUUUUAAUGGAAGGCGAUUCAAACAUUUUUUAAAGAUAGCUUGUAUUAAAGGACAUUAUGCUAUUGAAUAUAUCUUUCACUGCUAUCCAAAACAAAGAGCACGGGGGAUGAACGAUAUGCAUAAGGUCUUUAGGUGAGCAUCUUGGGAUCAAUAUUAAUGAGUUUAAAAUCAAGCACUACACGAAAUUAAAUUCUUCUCACAUUUCUACCACGGGGACCGCCAAAUUUAAUCGGCGAUUUGUCCAUGAUUUUGACGAUUUUAUCUCGAACGAGAGAACCUUCCUGGCCUAGUAAACAAUUUUGCACGGCCUCACGAGCUUGACUAAAUCCGCAAAAUAUAACAUACAGGUUUUCAAUACUCAUAUUUUUUAGACGAAUUUGCUCGAGGACUUUUGAGGUUACGGUGUACGCGGUAUCGUAUCCGCGUCUUUUUCCUUUCCGGAAUCCACAUGAUCCAGAAGAUGCCUUGUAAAUUAUUUUUUUGUCUGGAUUACAGAGGGUUAUAUGAGUGUUAUUCUUUAAACAUUUAGCAUGCAAAUAGUAAGGUCUAGGAAGAAACUCAGAACCUGCAAUAUACGUAGGUUCCUUCUUCUGAGGCGGAAUCUUUUCUGGAUUCGAUAAAACUGAUUUUUCUAGCACCUCAGUAAGAUUGAUUUUACCAUCAUUCCUUAGAUGAGGAUGGGUCCAAAAACGACGAAGCCCAAGGCGCGUCAAUCCCAGCAUUUUUCAACAAAAAUUUAGUUGUAAGCCUAAUGAAUUCAAUGAUUGAAACGUUAAAUCCCCUCGUCGUAUCAAUAUUCCUAGAUUUCCUUUCG